ACAGAGCAGACUGUCUCCCACUCAGCCACCCUUUCCUCUGGACCCGAGUGACUCAGGCCUUUGUUUGCCCUCCUUGAUCGAAGAGUUCCCUCCCUCGGCAAGAUGCCGGAGUGCUGGGAUGGGGAACAUGACAUUGAGACGCCCUAUGGCCUUCUGCACGUGGUGAUCCGGGGCUCCCCCAAAGGGAACCGCCCGGCCAUCCUCACCUACCAUGAUGUUGGCCUCAACCACAAGCUGUGCUUCAACACCUUCUUCAACUUUGAGGACAUGCAGGAGAUCACCAAGCACUUUGUGGUAUGCCACGUGGAUGCCCCCGGACAGCAGGUGGGGGCGUCGCAGUUUCCUCAGGGGUACCAGUUCCCCUCCAUGGAGCAGCUGGCCGCCAUGCUCCCCAGUGUGGUGCAGCACUUUGGGUUCAAGUAUGUGAUUGGCAUUGGCGUGGGAGCCGGAGCCUACGUACUGGCCAAGUUUGCACUCAUUUUCCCAGACCUCGUGGAGGGGCUGGUGCUCAUGAACAUUGACCCCAAUGGCAAAGGCUGGAUCGACUGGGCUGCCACCAAGCUCUCCGGCCUGACCAGCACUUUACCAGACACGGUGCUCUCCCACCUCUUCAGCCAGGAGGAGCUUGUGAACAACACCGAGCUGGUGCAGAGCUACCGGCAGCAGAUCGGGAACGUGGUGAACCAAGCCAACCUGCAGCUCUUCUGGAACAUGUACAACAGCCGCAGAGACCUAGACAUUAACCGGCCUGGGACGGUGCCCAAUGCCAAGACACUCCGAUGCCCCGUGAUGCUGGUAGUCGGGGAUAACGCACCUGCUGAGGAUGGGGUGGUGGAGUGCAACUCCAAACUGGACCCAACCACCACCACCUUCCUGAAGAUGGCAGAUUCUGGAGGGCUCCCUCAAGUCACACAGCCAGGGAAGCUGACUGAGGCCUUCAAAUACUUCCUGCAAGGCAUGGGCUACAUUGCAUACUUGAAGGACCGAAGGCUGAGUGGAGGAGCAGUGCCCUCGGCCAGCAUGACCCGUCUCGCACGAUCUCGCACCGCAUCUCUCACCAGUGCCAGCUCAGUGGAUGGCAGCCGCCCACAGGCCUGCACCCACUCAGAGAGCAGUGAGGGGCUGGGCCAGGUCAACCACACCAUGGAGGUAUCCUGCUGAAUCCCUGAGCUCCACUCAAGACACCUACCCACCUGCAUCCAGGUCCCACUGCCAUCCCUGCACCGGCUCAUUUUCCCUUUAGUUUAUUUUUGUGAGGGCAAAGGGGGGAAAUGGGGCUACUUCUUUUAAAAAAUGAGGGGAUCCACCUUAGAUGCUGCAGCAUAAGUCUGCAGAUGGUUUGAGGGGUCCCCAUCCCCCACCCUCAUCUCACUC